ACUUGAGUACAAUAGGAAUGCAGGAUUUCUUCAACCUUUGUAUAUAUAUUUUUUUAAAUGGCCUUUAGUUGAACAUUUUCUUUAACUCUGCUGCCACCUGCUGGUAUAAGUAGUUCGUGCACCUUACACACAGACAGACACGUGACCAGAAGUCUGCUUUUCAUGUGAGCAAGAAAAUACCCUUCAAAAUAAAGGCACCAACGUCCAGCUGUGAGAUUUAUUAUAAAUUAGAACAAUUCUUUAUUGCUUUUGAUCGUGUACAGACUUUUCCCUUGCAUUCUUAAUGUACUGGUUCUGCUCAAAAAAAGGUUUUAGUUCGUCAUUUCUGUAGAUCUAUAUUAACAAGGCUUUUAGUCUGAAGAAGGAAAACUCCGAGUGGAAAUGUUUGCUGUUCAUGAACACAGCUCAGGUUACAUAUACCUGGCUGUCACUGACAGAAGGCAUUACGCUUCUAAGAAGACGUCGAUGGUAAACUAAAGGGGGAGUGUACAGAGGGGGGAGUGUUUGGUCCAGACCUACGGAUAUUUUUGGACUAGCCUAAUGCUAGGACAUCAAAGUGGAAACAACUAUGGAGGAUAACUGGGUUAGUGAGUAGUCGCUAACGGUUCGGAAUGGAACUGUGCAGUUUUCAAAUGGGACGCGCGAGCCUUCAGGCACGGGGCUAUUCUGAAUGUCAGUUUGUUUAUUUACGCUAAAAGAGGUGGAAAGUGUAUUUUUCCAUAUCAGGUAGGACAGUAAUGCUCCACAGAGAGAUGCUGGAUACACGUCAGCACCUCCUCACACAACGGUACCAUUGAUACACAGAGCAAGUCAGCAGCAAUGGCUGUGAAACCUAGGAGACCGUUGGUGACCGUUAUUUUAGGCGUGUUUCUCGGAUUCACCGCUUCUACGUGGCUCUUUGUACCUCAAGUUCUGGAGAGUAAAGGAAAGAAAUCUCCCGUGUGUUUGUACCAUAGUCACAGUGAUUCCUCAGCCGGGAAAGGUCCCUUCAUCCCUGGGGAAAGCCCACAGCUCAGCCCGGAGGAGGACAGGACAUCCAGUCCGGGCAACAGCACCGGGGGGAGAACCACAGGCAGGCCGAAACGGUUCCUUUAUGUCGGCGUCAUGACAGCCAAGAAGUAUCUGGAUACCCGAACCGUGGCUGCCUACCAGACCUGGGUGAGCUCCAUCCCAGGGAAAGUUGAGUUUUUCUCCAGCGAGGGAUCCGGGUCCAUCCACUUACCUGUCCCAGUGCCCGUGGUCUCGCUGGCAGGUGUGGACGACUCGUACCCUCCACAGAAGAAGUCAUUCAUGAUGCUGAAAUACAUCCACGACCACUACCUGGAUAAAUAUGAGUGGUUCAUGCGGGCAGAUGAUGACGUUUACAUAAGAGGUGAGAAGCUGGAGGCGUUCCUGCGCUCCCUGAACAGCAGCAAGCCUCAGUACCUGGGCCAGACGGGCCUGGGCAUGGCCGAGGAGCUGGGCCGCCUGGCUCUGGAGCCCGGAGAGAACUUCUGCAUGGGGGGCCCCGGGAUGAUAUUCAGUCGAGAGGUUCUCCGCAGGAUGGUCCCUCACAUCAGCACCUGUCUGAGGGAGAUGUACACCACCCACGAGGAUGUGGAGAUUGGCCGCUGUGUGCGACGCUUUGGAGGAACACAGUGUGUGUGGUCGUAUGAGAUGCAGCAGCUCUUCUACGAGAACUAUGAACACAACAAGAGAGGUUUCAUCGAAGAACUUCACAGCAGCAAGAUCCACAACGCCAUUACACUCCACCCCAACAAGAAGCCGGCCUACCAGUACCGUCUGCACAGCUUCAUGAUGAGCCGGGAGAUCUCCAGACUCUGUUACCAAAGCAUCCUGCUGCACCGGGAGGGCCUGCUGAUGAGUCACCUGAGUGAUAGUGAAGUGCUGUGGGAGGACCAACAGCUGGGCUCCUCUCCUUCCUACAUGCGCUUUAAACCAGGCGAUAGGAAUGAUGUCAUUGAGUGGGAUUUCCUGACUAGUCGCCACAUUUAUUCUGCUGCAGAGAACAAAGUGGCCCGGCAGAGCCUUGGCAACUUGCUUCGUACUGCAAUGGAAGACGUUAUACGCCAGGUCAUGGAAAUGAUUAACGAGAAUUCCAAAACACGCGGCCGUGUAAUCGACUUUAAGGAGAUCCAGUACGGCUAUUACAGGGUGGAUCCCAUGCAUGGCGCAGAAUACAUCAUAGACUUACUGCUUCUCUACAAGAAACACAAGGGACGUAAGAUAACAGUUCCUGUGAGACGACACGCUUACCUUCAGCAGUCGUUCAGUCGUCCCUUCUUCACUGAAACUGAAGAGUUAGACGUGUCUGAACUCGUCGCCGCCAUCAACUCUGAGUCACAAUCCCUGUCUUUCCUGUCCAACUCUCUGAAGUUUUUGUCACCUUUCCAGGUCUACGAAUCAAACAGGGAGAUGUGGGAGCAGAGCCAAAGAAAAGUCAACAUCCUCGUCCCAUUAUCAGGUCGCUACGAGAACUUUGUCCGCUUUAUGGAGAACUUUGAGAAAGUGUGUUUGAUACCCAAACAAAAUGUUAAGCUCUCCAUCAUUCUGGUAGACAAUGAGAACAUGGAAAAACACGCUCCGUUAAUCAAAGACUACAGCAGGAAGUAUCCCAAAGCUGACCUGUCAAUCAUCCCCAUGACAGGCAACUUCUCACGAGGCCUUGCUCUUGAGCUGGGCUCCUCACAGCUGGAUAACGACUCCUUACUCUUCUUCUGCGAUGUUGAUCUCAUCUUUAGUGGGGAUGCCUUGCAGCGCUGCAGAGAAAAUGCUGUCCAAGGGAAACAAGUCUACUUCCCUGUUGUCUUUAGCCAGUACAACCCCAAGAUAGUGUACUCUGAGAAAGCCCCGAGAGAAAACAAAUUUGUGCUGACCAAGAAAAGUGGUUUCUGGCGAGAUUACGGAUUUGGAAUCACCUGUGUUUUCAAGAGUGAUUUAAUAAAAGCUGGAGGUUUCGACACCUCGAUACUAGGCUGGGGAUUGGAAGACGUAGACUUGUACACGAAAGUGAUUAAUUCUGGGUUGAAAGUGUUACGCAGUCAAGAACCAGGAAUUGUUCACCUUUAUCAUCCUGUCCACUGCAACACAAGUCUUGAGCAGAAGCAAUACAAGAUGUGCCUUGGGUCGAGAGCAAGUACGUUUGCAUCGACAAUGCAGUUAGCAGAGCUGUGGCUGGAGAAACACGUAGAGACGGGCUACAACAGAACCGCAUCCUGACCCUUCAGCCCUCCUGGACUCGACACAGGUGUAGCUCAGGCUGCUGGGACGCAUGUUGUGGUGUGACGGAGGAUCACAGCUCUUUGUAGCCUGGACAAACUGAUCCAGAAAGUGCAGAAAACUGAAAUGGACCGAUCCAGUAAGGCCACACAAAUCCAAACUGACGACACAGCAGGGAAGAAACCAGAGGAAAUACAACAGGACGUAACCAAGUAUGGUAUUGCUGUGUCAACGUGUUGGAAGCCUUCAUAAGACAAGUGUCUGCUACCUUAUCCAGUUCUAAACCAACUAAGGAAAUCAUGGACUAAAUCCAAAUGUGUUGUUAGUUUCAGAAUUAUUGAUUUGUUAACUGCUGUGCCAAUGAUGCAAACAUAUAGCUUUGUAACCUUCCAGCUCUUAGGGAUUGGUUUAGAGCAGUGUUUCUCAAACUUUUUCAUACCAAGGACCACUAAACCAAUACAAAAACACUCGCGGACCAUCUAACUCCACAAAUAUCCCAAAACAAUAGGCCUGCUUACCAAUCCAACAGUAUAACAAAUUACUGCCUAAUAAUGACAGCUUAACCUUCUCGCCUCGUUCACACAUGAAAUCAACAAUACAAAUACAGAUUAUAUAAGCAUUUAGUUCAAAUGCGAUUUAAAAUGCUCAGGUUUUACACCUCUUAUGAAAUGUAGACUACAUUUAUUACGGAGUUUAUGUCCGAGCCAACAGACUCACAGAUCGUUGGCUACUGAGAGAUAUGUAAAAUACACCACAUGUAGUACGACACAAACCUCCGCUGUGGAUUUUCAAAACAAAAUACAGUAAAACUAUGGUCGCAGGCCCAAGUUUAACUUUCUGAGGUCGAACGGCCCGUCCACACUACAGCUUCAAAAAAAGCUUGGAGCUGGGCGUGUCUGAAGCUCGACCAACAACCAUUCACAUGAAUCUCCCGCCCCUGACACACAAGCAGCGGUUUGAUUGGCUAGAGCUUGUACUGGCAUAUGAUUUGAUUGGCUGACGCUUCCACCGAAAACUUCAGAAGCUUCAAAAGUUGAACAUUGCUCAACUUUUGCAGCCUGAAACGCCAGGAAAGCUCCGCUCUGCUUCCCACAAUGCAGUUCGGCGAAAAGUGACGUCACCCCAUUCAAAGUGAAUGGGCAGACGCGUUGGAAACCGUUUUUGAAGCUGUCGAAGCUGUAGUGUGGACGGGCCGUAAGCCCUUUUUGCUAAUUUUAGGCUCGCCUGGGCUUUUUUUCUAAAAAUGCUAUUAAAACAUGAACCUUGGUGACCAUCGGGCUGGCCUGCAUGGUCUGCCUACAAAACAAAAAUAAAAAACAUUUAUGCAGCCCCAACAACAGCCUCUGAUCAUCAACAGAUUUCAUGCAAUGCUUCAUUGGAUGCAUAUAUUAGAUAAUAAUCUCUAUCUAACUCCUAACACAUCUGAAUCUACUUCCAGCAUGGAUAAAUGUUCGUAAAAGACAACAUGGCAACAUGUGUGACGAAGGUGUUGCGCUGGGCUCUAUCAUGCAAUCGAAAGUUAAGCUCGCUCCAUUGCGGAGAUAUUCCCGCGAGAGUGCGGAAAACUUUCGAAUGUGACAUUUUACCAAUAUACUCACGGCCCACUAGGGGGCGCUCACGGACCACUUUUUAACAUUUAUAUCAGCGGUUCCCAACCUGUGGGAACGCAUUGCAAGUGGGCCGCCAAAUAAUUUGUAAAACAUUAUGAUUUGUGUGGAAACAAUUCAUUAUUAAGAUUUUUUUUAUUUUAACAUCUUUUACUUUCUCUUUCUCGAUUCUCCUUAGUCAGUACAGUCCUUGACAGCGCUCUGUACUACUGGACUAACACAGUGUCACAUGUUCUGAAUUGACCAAUCAGAACUUUAUUUAGCCUCCGUAUUGUUUAUGGUUGAAUGUGGGCCGCGAAAAAAAUUUAGAUUCUUAAAGGGGACCUAUCAUGCAAAAUGCACUUUGUGAUGUCUUUCAUACAUCAAUAUGUGUCCCCGGUGCGUCGGGGAACUCGCGCAGCGUCAGAAAAUAAAACCCUCUCUCUUUUCCUCCGUACCCAAAUCUUUUA